UCUUCUGUGUCUGGUUUCUCUCACUUUCAUGUUUUCAUUUCAUUAAGGAGUUUACAUUUUACUCCAGGGCAGAAGGAGUUACUGAAGUGUUCUGAGAAGAGUGACAAAAAUAGAUUUAAUUUUUAAAUCAUCUUGGCUGCUUUGAAUAGCACGGAUUGAGGAAAGGCAAGAUUAGAGGUGGAGAGUGUUUAGGUGACUAUGGCGAUUUGGACUAGAAUGCCAACUGAGAUGCAAUGGGUUUCUCUGGAUUUCUGUGAUGAACACAGGUAGAGCCUCCGGUGUUCUUGAGCCUGAGGGUAUAAGUAUCUUUUGUCUUGUUUGAUCUUUGGUUCUAGGGAGUGGCCCUCCCCGUAGUGAUGUUCCUAGGUCCGCACGAUUCUCCGUUUGCUUCUUUCUCACAUCUUUUUCUUGCUAACUCAGACUUCUUUCAUCUAUCAGGAGAACGGCUUCUCUCUCACCCCUUCCAAUGCUUUUUAAAUCAGCCAGAAUGCUUUCAACCAAAUCAGCGUUAGCAUUAGGUUUCCAGAAUUGAGACUAUCAUAAGAAAGGAGAAAUAUAGCAAAAAUACUUUGUGUCAUAGCGCCGCAUCGCCCACCCCAGCGAAUAAUCAGACUUUAAAAUCGCUCAGAGCUUCUCCGUUUAUUCAGAAAAGAGAUCAGGUGGAGAAUGAUCUCCACUUCGAGGCCGACUGGGAAGGCCCGCAGUUCUCUCCUCUCGCUCUGCAGACGCCCCCAGGACAGACACCGCUGUCCCCGAGCCCUCUGGGAAGUGGAGUCCUUCCGCUGGGACCCCCGACCCGGCGCGGUCGUCUCCAAGUGCGCAGAUGCGACUCCAGACAGAGCCUCGGGCUCGAGCCUUUUGUCUCCCCGCAGCUCGGUGGGUCCAGAAGGCAACGGUGUCCGCCUCCCCCGCCCCUCCCAGAGCGCAGCCCGGAGGGGAUCCAGCCCUGGAGCCGGAGCCAGGUCCGCAACGAGUCCGUGGUGAAUUAGGAGGAAGUCCUAGCAAUAACAAGAGGACAAGGAAAAGCUGAUCAUGGAUUAUCUGACCAUUGAAGUUGAGGAAAAUGCUGUGACUACAGAAGAUGCUUCUUUGUCCCCAGAGCAGAGCACAGAAGGAAUGGAGCCUCCUGGAGAGCCUCUUCCUGUUGAGUUCCAGGAAUUGACAACAGUCAAGGAUGAGGAAAUGGACUUUACCUGUGUUGAGGAGGAACAGAUAAAUUCUGCCCGAAGGUACAUGGGCAUGGAUAUGAAGGUGGAGAAUUGUGGGAACCUGGUAUUUUGGGAUUCUGAAUCUACACCUGAAACUAAAGUGUCCCUUUCAAUGCAAGAAGUUUCUGAAGGAGUAUCAUCAGAAAGGGAGCUGAUAAUAGAAAGACUUAUAAAGGAUGAUUCCUGGGACUCCAGAUGGAUAAGAACCUGGGAAUAUGGAGGCAUGUUAGAAAGGCAGCAAGGAAAUCAGAAGAAAGAUUUAAGGCAAGUCAUAAUUAAGCACAAGAGAAACCCUAUGGAGGAUUGUACUGAAAUAGGGGAAAGUUCAAACCCAAUUAAACAUCUGAACAUUUACUCAGUGAAAAAGCCUUGGAAGUGCAGUGAGUGUGACAAGUCCUUCAGCUACUACUCAGCUUUUAUCCUCCACCAGAGGAUUCACACAGGAGAGAAGCCCUAUGUAUGUACUGAAUGUGGAAAGGCCUUCACCCGGAGCUCAUCCCUUAUCCAGCAUCAGAGAAUCCACACUGGAGAGAAACCCUAUGAGUGUAAUGAAUGUGGGAAAGCUUUCAGUCACCGAUCAGCCCUUAUUCAACACCAUAUCAUUCAUACGGGAGAAGAGCCCUAUGACUGCAGUGGAUGUGGAAAGGCCGUCAACCAGAGCACGCACCUCAUCCAGCACCAUAGAAUACACACUGGAGAGAAACCCCGUAAAUGUAAAGAGUGUGGGAAAGCUUUCAGUGACACCUCCUCCCUUAUUACACAUCAAAGGGUCCAUACUGGAGAAGAGCCCUAUGGGUGUAAGGAGUGUGGGAAGGCCUUUAGUGACAGGUCAGGCCUUACGCAGCAUCAGAGAACUCAUACAGGGGAGAAGCCCUACGAAUGCAGUGAAUGUGGGAAGGCUUUCAGUUACUGUUCAGCUCUUAUUCAACAUCAAGGAACCCACACUGGGGAGAAACCUUACAAAUGUCAUGACUGUGGGAAAGCCUUCAGUGACCGCUCAGCUCUCAUAAGACAUCAGAGAAUUCAUACUGGAGAGAAACCUUACAAGUGUAAAGAAUGUGAGAAAGCCUUCAGCCAGAGCUCAUCCCUAACGAAGCAUCUAAGAACUCACACUGGAGAGAAACCAUAUAAAUGCAAUGAUUGUGACAAAGCCUUUAGCCAGAGUUCUUCUCUUAUUCAACACCAGAAAAUUCAUGCAGGAGAAAAAUGCUACAAAUAUAAGAAAUGUGAGAAAACUUUCAGUAUGUGUUCAGCCUUUCAUCAACAUGGAGAAAUUCAUGAUGAAUAUAAGGCAGUGAAUUGAUGAAAUAAUUAUGCACUAUCUCCUGAUUGUACAGACCUCCAAAUAUUGGUCUUCCCAAGUGGCACUAGUGGUAAAGAACCUGCCUGCCAAUGCAGGAGACAUAAGAGAUGGGG